AUGGGCCGGCCUGGGUUAAACGGGCCCGAACCCCUCUUGCCCUCGCUCCUAGAAAAGCCGCCCGCCUCCGUCUCUCCCCCGCACUCCAUCGCCUCGCCUCGCCUCGCCGCCGUUCCCCGCAACCCCCUGUCUGUCGACCCAAUUCAUCUCAGGGAUAUCACCCGACGCCUCGUCCUCCUCUCCAGAUCAGAUCUUACGCCCGCCCGCCCGAGUCUUCUUCGCCGCCAAAAGGAAAAGAUGCUCUACAAAAUCCACUCCCAUGCCGAAAUCCAAGCCCUGCAGGCCCGCACCGAUGAGCUGGGCCACUCCAAUGAGCACAUGGAUGUGAAGCUUGUCUCUCUGGAGUCGGUGCGCAUAGCGCGCGAGUCGUAUGCACUCCUCCGCCCGCUGAUCAUGGAGUCGAGGUCCUGGGAAUGCCCGGAGCUGGAUUCCCUCUCGGACGUGGCAGGCUUGUCGCUGGAAAUCCAAAAGCUCGAGCAUGAUGUGUUACCCCAGCUCACGGUUCAGGAGGCUAAGCUGGAACGGGGUGCCCUGGAAGCCCUCCUACUCAUGAAGAGCUCAGCAGCUAAGCUCUUACAUAUGAGUAAGUGCUUGAAGGAAGCCUUGGGCGUAUUGCUUGCCGAGGAUGUCAAAAAGCUGAGCAUAGUGCUAAGCGAUACUGCUGUUCAUGUACUCAAAGGUAAGUUCAACAGUGGCUUGCUUCAGGAGCGUGUCCCGUGGCUGGUCGAGCUGGUCACCGAUGUGUUGGAGACCCCGGUUCGUUUCUGUGAUACUCGUAAGCGUAAGUAUUCUGAUGAGUAGACUUAUCAGCCAGCUCGAGGCUGUUGUGAUGAGUAUUUCUUAGGGGCGUGGCAAACAGUUUAGAAUCAACCCUUUAUGUUUGUAUGUGUUAUUAAUGGAUUUUAAAUGAUAUGUAUCUUGGGUGGGUAGUGUUUUCUCA